CUCAUCUACAGAAGACAUGGAAACCAGAAUCGGCGUGAAAAACCUACCAGCUCUGCCAGGACGAAAUCGAUCGAGCGGAAGCCAUCGGAGGAUUUCGAAGCUGAUCGAACGGUCGCCAUUGCGUCGACUGGUAAAGCUCAAGAAGAUAUCGUCCGCGAUGUUCUCGCUCAGGUCGCAAUCCUCGACUCCACUUUCUCGUCCACCGAGGCGGAUCGGGCCGCUGCCAAGUGCGCAGCACACGUUCUUUCGGAACAUGCCAAGAACGGCAUGAAGCGGUAAUCGCAUCACUUGUUGAUUUGCUUGAACUCAAUGUCAUGAAGGUGCAGAGAGCAGCAGCAGGGGCUCUGCGGACUAUUGCCUUUAAAAACGAUGAGAACAAAAAUCAGGUUUGAAGCGGUUGGCUAUGAUUUUAUCCGGAAGUUUGCUUGCUGGAGCUUUACAACCUGUAAUCGGAUUACCGAGAUCCUGCUGUUCUGAGAGCCAAAGGGUAGCAGCUUUGUUGCUUGGGCAAUUUGCAGCUACUGAUUCGGACUGCAUGGUGCAUAUUGUUCGGAGUGGUGCUGUCCCACCAUUAAUUGAGAUUGAGAUGCUUCAGUCCCCUGAGCCCAACCUGAAGGAAAUGGAAGCAUUUGCAUUGGGGAGGAUAAUGUUGCUGAUUUUUUUAUGUUUGGAGGCUUUCAGAAGUUUCAAGAUGGAGACUUUUUUGUGCAACCAAACAAGGAUCCUACAGCCAAGACUAAAAAAAGAUUGGAGGAGAAAAUCCAUGGACGGGUCCAGAGAGCAGGAGCAGGAGCAGGGGCUCUGCGGACUGUUGCCUUUAAAAACGAUGAGAACAAAAAUCAGGUUUGAAGCGGUUGGCUAUGAUUUUAUCCGUUCCUGCUGUUCUGAGAGCCAAAGGGUUGUAGCUUUGUUGCUUGGGCAAUUUGCAGCUACUGAUUCGGACUGCAAGGUGCAUAUUGUUCAGAGUGGUGCUGUCCCACCAUUAAUUGAGAUUGAGAUGCUUCAGUCCCCUGAGCCCAACCUGAGGAAAAUGGCAGCAUUUGCAUUGGGGAGGAUAAUGUUGCGGAUUUUUUUAUGUUUGGAGGCUUUCAGAAGUUUCAAGACGGAGACUUUUUUGUCCAUACAAGGAUCGUACAGCCAAGACUAUGAAAAGAUUGGAGGAGAAAAUCCAUGGACGGCCAAACAAGGAUCGUACAGCCAAGACUAUAAAAAGAUUGGAGGAGAAAAUCCAUGGACGGUCAAUGAGGGCUGUCAAGGUCAAUCUUCAUUUCAGUUAUCGCCAAACAAGGACAAUAUUGAGAAAAAUGAGAAUGAUAGUUUGAACAAAAAGAACAGGAGCAGAAGAGAUGCAGUUGACAUGUUACAUUUCUCUAUUGUGUUUAACGAGAUGCUGUCGAAUCAUAAGGAUCUCAAAUGGGUCACAUUUCACGGUCUCUACGAUUUUGCAUAUCUUUGGAGGCUUUUAGAUGGGCAAGACUUGCCAAAUUCGGCUUCGGAGUUUUCGGUCAUGCUUGGACGUGUUUUUGGAUCUGUGUACGAUGUCAAGUACAUGGCUAGAUUUUGCGAAAGGUUGAUGGAUGGUGAAUUGGGUUUAGAAAGGUUAUCCAAUAUUUUGGAGGUUAAAAGACUGGGUCGUGCUCAUCAAGCGGGCUCGGAUAGUUUAUUGACGGCCGAUGUUUUCUUGAGAAUGAAGAUGGUGUACGGGUUUGAAGAAGAAUGCUUCAACGGUUUUUUGUAUGAGAUUAAUACAAGAAUAGAGACUUCUUGCCCCAUACUGGUUCAAUUCGAUCUCCCUGUGAAUUAUUAUAUCAUGUAACGCCUUUGCAAUGCGAUGUCUUUGCCCAUUUGUCUUCCAUUGCUAGAAAAUCUUAUCAUUAUGCAACACCCCUACGAUAUAAUAUUGGUAGGUGCCUUGUUUUGAUAAAUUGAGACACAAGUUCUAAUAAUUUAA